CGAUGUUUUAGCGCCACGAUUUUGGUAUUGCCGAGAAUCGUAGCGUUGUGCAUCUCCCUAUUCAUCUCUGGAUUACGUUAUAGCGAUGCAAUUCAGUUUAUCGUGACGCGUCUUGUUUAAAAGCAAUAAAGAUACUUGUGCAAUGAAAAAUACGGAGAGCGAUCGAGUUAGAGAAUUGACGCGAAUCUCUUUAUUGGGAGAUCAUGGUGUUUCUUUCUUUGGUUAAUUAAAAAUCUUAGAUUGCGCUAACUAUUCGAUACGUACCAGUGUCAUAAGUGAUAGAUAGUUGUAUAUCGUAUCGUAACCUGUCCUUGGCUCUGAGAGUUGCGCAAAGUUACUCCUAUGUUAUACUCGCUAGGAAUUAAUAAUAAGGAAAUUAAAAGUUACUAAUUUGCUAUAUUUUACGAGUUUCAUAAUAUAUUUCAAGAUGGCUGGCUCCAAGAGUUCUCUUAGGCGAGUGUUAAAACUUCCAUGCUCAAUUAUAACAUUGUUAUACGGUAAAACUUUGUAUAGUACAUGCUUUGAUCAAUGGAGAAAGUGUUUCAGCAAUUUUUGCAACUCGUAUUCGUUCUGUGGUGUAUAUAUAUUACUGGGGUAUGCACUUUCAUCUUUGGUAUAUCAUGUCUACCUCAUAUUCUAUAUUUUGGAACAGGUUGUAUUUUGUAACGUGGAACGUUGCUACCAAGUAUCCUGAGCAAGAUAUUCGUCAUCUCCUAGAUUUUAAUCAGGAUGAUGAUGAGAAUCUACCAGAUAUGUAUAUAGUAGGAUUACAAGAAGUUAAAGCACAACCUCAAAAUAUGGUUCUAGAUAUAUUUUUCGAGGAUCCAUGGACAAGAUCCUUUAGGGAAGCAUUAAAGAAGCACGAUUAUGUAAAGAUACGUACUCAAAGGCUACAAGGUCUCGUGUUAAGUGUAUUUUCAUUAAGGAAACACUUAACUCAUUUGAGACUGAUAGAAGCUCAAUAUACUAGAACAGGAUUUGGAGGGAUGUGGGGUAACAAAGGCGCGGUUAGUGUCAGAUUAAACUUGUAUGGCGUCAGUGUAUGCAUAGUUAACACCCAUCUGACGCCCCACGAUCAUCUGCUGGCUGAUAGGAUUGCUGAUUACAAUACCAUAUUGAAGGAACACGCAUUUAACGCACCAGACACUCCAAAUAUUUUAUACCAUGACUACGUAUUUUGGAUUGGUGAUUUAAACUUUCGACUCGCUGGCGAAGAUCUCACAGCUGUAGACAUCGACCUGCUGGUAAAGAAGAGUCAGCUGGACCUGUUAAUGCGCAGAGAUCAGCUGAAAAUAGCCAUGGAAACUGGAGAGGCAUUCAGUGAACUCACUGAGAGUGAAAUAACAUUCCCACCGACUUACAAGUAUGAAUUUGCAUCUCAAGAAUUUGAUCUCAAACGCAGACCUUCUUGGACCGAUAGAAUACUGUACAAAGUUAAUUCAGAUGUUUAUGAGGAUGUCAAACUGAAAAUCAAUCAGAUCAACUACAAGAGUCAUCCUUGUUAUGUACAAUCUGAUCACAAACCUGUAACAGGGGAAUUUGACAUUACGAUACGACCGGAUGUUGAGGAUCACGGUGUAGAAUUCCAGCCGCUUUCAGCCUGGUUCAUAGACGAAGAGAAUUCAGUGUCGUACAAGCUCUUGGGUAACUACAAACCUGCCAGUGGUGAUUGGAUAGGGCUCUUCAUGGACCGUUUCUCAAACCUGGACGAGUACGUCGUCUACGAGUACGUGGGCAGAGGAAAAACAACAACUAUGGCGGAACCAAACGCCAUCACGGAGCGAAUAUUCUUCAGCGACACAGCUUUAAGGGCACCCGGGAUGUAUCGGCUGGUUUACAUAACACAGCACGACGGUAUCAUCGGUAUUUUAGGUAUAAGUCCGCCAUUCCCCGGACACAAGAGGCCAGCCUGAUCGAGAGCCUCAUUCAACCUAUAAAGCUUUGAUUAUUAUAGGCUGAUAUUGGCGCGUUACGCAAUUUCUCAUAUAAUAGCGCGAUUAUCGGGCACGGGGAUAAUAGGUUAUUUCCACAUGCUAGGGAUUAUUAAUAGGUGAUAAUUUCGUUACAACGAAAUCACGAGGUCUUUACAUCUACGCUCGUGCCUGGUUCAACUUUCGGUACCUGUUCUUAAGUUCGGGCCCAAUUAUAAUAUUGUACAAAGCACCUAGCACUGCUGGCGCGCUUGCUACUUAAGCUUCGCUACGCUUCGGAGACACUAUUUUGUCUCCAGUUCUUGCGUUUCAUGUAGUCUGCAACACGAACAAUAAUUUAAAUGCGAGAUUCCACGGUACCAGCUUUACUGGAUAUACUUCUGCGUAUCUCUGGAAGACUCAUUAUCUGACCUGAAAGACGUAUCGCGUGUUUAUGUAACAAAACGUAUAGUUUAUUUUUAUGGUGUAAUGAUUAGCGAUCAAAUGAGUAAAAGGUGUCACGGUGUAAAAGGAGAAUCGAAUAAAAAGUAUUUUCUAAAAAAAAAA